GUAAAUGUCUGAUGUGUCCUGACAAGGGACCUAUUCUGUUGAAGAAUGCUGUUCAAUGUAAAUCUUGCUCUAUAUAUUAUCAUGUCAUGUGUUAACAGUGCAAAGUUGUUGCCUGAUGGAAGUUAUAAUUACUGUUGUGGUACUGGUGGUCAAGUUCAUGAUGAACAUUUUGCUGGACUAGAUCCUGGAUUUCAAAUUAUUUUGAAAAGGCUUGACAAAGUAGAUGCGUCAUUGAGUGCAAUUAAGUCAGAUAUUCAAUCCUCCAGCAACAAGCUAACAGAACUUGAAGAGAUUGUCACUGGUGAGUCUUUAUAUGAUGAAAUGAAAGAUAGGAUGAAUAGAGAGAACUUUAUUAUAUAUAACUUUGAUGACUCAGUGAAUGCAGCUGCUACUGAUUCUGUGAAUAUAAAGAAAUUGCUCGAGAAUACAAAGCUUGUUAUUCCAUUUAACUUUGAUUAUCUUAAAGUUUUUCGACUUGGACGUGAUUUUGUUGAAGGAAAGAAUAGAUUAGUCAAAGUUGUUAUGAAAUCCUCUGAUAAUGUACACUGGAUUUAUCAUCAUAGUAGUGAAAUUUUUAAAAUAAUGUUUUUGUCAGUAGUGAUCUUACAAAAAAACAACAAGCUCACAUGCAAAAACUUAAAAAUGAAGUGAAGGAUAGAUCUGACAAAGGAGAAAAGGAUUUAAAAAUUAAACAUAUCAGAGGUAAACCAGAUUAUGUCUUAUUAAUGAAUAUGACAUUAUAGUUUUGACUGAAACUUGGCUUGAUGAAGACAUUACUACUGCUGAAUUACAACUCCAAAAUUUUACUGUGUACAGAUAAAUCUGGUGGUGGUGUUUUGAUUGCAGUCAAAAAAUGUAUUAAGUAUUUAAAUGUUAUUUUAUGAACAAGUUAUUUUGCGUAUAAAAACUCAUGCAAAGUCAUUUUUCAUUAGUGUGGUCUAUAUACCACCCCUUCUAGGAACAGGAUUGAUGUUUUAUUUGCUUAUAAUUUAUUUAAUAACGUUAUUGAUAAUUUCAGUUUAUUGUCAAAAUUCAGAUUUUAUGUGCCACCAAGAAUGUUAAGACGUAAUAAUGUUUAUUUUCAUGUUAUGCCACCUAAAUCAGAUCUGAUAAAUCAUUCUCCUGUUUUAGAUUAUCUAAACUAUGUAACGAACACAGUAGUUGGCUUGAUUUGUAUAAUUCGCGUAAUUAUAUUGUUAGAAAUGUAUCAAAGUCUAUGUUUACAUUUGAGUAGUCUUUUGAUCUUGUAAUAUUUGAAUUUAUGAUUACUAGAUUAUUGCAUUUCGUCAUUUGAACAUCUGUAUUAAAUUGCGCAGAUGAUUAUGUUAAUCUCAGUUGAUUGCCUUAUAUACUAUUAUAUGUUACUGUUACCACAUAUGUAGCCCCACUUACACGACGUUUGCGGUGCAUUUUUCUAUUUAUAAUACACAUGUAUAAUGGGUUCGCCCGUAAGAUGAAUAAAUAAAUAA